AUGUCGCAACCUUCCUUUUCGUCUCUCACCAGUUCCUUUGGGGCCAUCCUCAUCGGAACGUACUUUUCACUCAUAUUAUACGGGGGAAUACUACAUCAGACAUACCGAUACUUUCAGACAUAUCCUGGUGACCGGCUUUUACUAAAGCUUCUUUCUUACGUGGAGGGCGCUGAGGCUGCCAUGAUAGGUGCUGGUAGUGGUACCUUGAUAUUAGCGAUGCAUACGAAUUGGGUCUUUCAGGAUCUUACAGAUCCUAACACUCUUGUCGAUCGAUUGACUGACCAAAUAUAUGAGGGCAUUGUCGUCGCCUUAACUCAAGCAUUCUUUGUUCGCAGAGCCUACCUUUGUCAUACUGCUCGUUGGCCAAUUUGUAUUGCCAUGUCUGUGAACAAAGGAGGGGCCAAAGCUUACUUUCCUGUUCCCGUCAGUCAAUUACAUCGUUCGAAACUACACACAUUGACACUUGAUCAAGUGGAUCAUAGCUUGCGCAGCCGCUAUAUCCAUUGCUGCGGAUUCAACACUGACCGCCAUACUGAUCCUGGCUCUGCGGCGGAGCAGAAGCGGCAUGAAAAGGUGCUGGCCGCACCAAACAAUUUCAUAUAUGUCGCUAUGUCCUUCGUAGCCACUAAACCGUAUGAUAUCUAUCAUGGUCCUUCCGAAGUUCCUGCUAACCUCCCUGAAUGUGAUUGGAACAGCUUGAAUACGCGCAAAUCGCUUCGUACGACAUCGGGCAACUUACACUCGACGGGUACCGAGAUUUUCGGUGCCGGCGUAAUCCUAGAGCUCCAUCCUCACUCGGGAGGUCCUCGUGGCGAGAAUGCAGUUGCCGUGGAGCUAUCUGACCUUCCGACAUCUCAAGAGGCAAAGCAUGAGUACAAACGGCAACAGUACAGGGCUCAAAGCGGGUUCAGACAGCUUGACAUGCGAAUCUUGACGAAGCACAAUGGAGAGGAAUUUGGGAGUACACACGAAGAUGCUUCGAUUGUGUACAUGUAUGAAUAUUGCAUUAGUUCUCCUUGA